CCCAUUCCACCCAUGCCUUCUAGGUUGCACUUUACAACAUAACCUUUAUGGGAGUUUUUAGUUUUUUCUUAGGAUUUAAUCGCAACAAAAUUAACGUUCAAACAAUCCGCAAAAAUUCAGGCCCCUAAGAUGUAACGCGCCAGCCUGGUGGCGGCAGGGCGGAGCUCAGGGUCACGUGACUGUCUAGACCCGCCCCGCCCUCUGCAGCUGAAGACUUCUCCUCCCUCAGUGGCCGAGCCUGGAGGUCCGUGGUCUGUGCUGCUUCUGCGUCUCGCGCAGUGUCAGGUGAGCGGCGACCUGUAACCGGCGGCAGGUAAAUUAACACAAUGGAUUUCUCCAAGCUACCAAAAAUACGUGAUGAAGAUAAAGAAAGCACAUUUGGUUAUGUGCAUGGGGUCUCAGGACCUGUGGUUACAGCGUGUGAAAUGUCAGGUGCAGCCAUGUAUGAGCUGGUGAGAGUGGGCCACAGCGAGUUGGUUGGAGAGAUUAUCCGAUUGGAAGGUGACAUGGCUACUAUCCAGGUGUAUGAAGAAACUUCUGGUGUGUCUGUUGGAGAUCCUGUACUCCGCACUGGUAAACCCCUCUCUGUAGAACUUGGUCCUGGCAUUAUGGGAGCCAUUUUUGAUGGUAUUCAAAGACCUUUGUCGGACAUCAGCAAUCAGACCCAAAGUAUCUACAUUCCUCGAGGAGUAAAUGUGUCUGCUCUUAGCAGAGAUAUCAAAUGGGAUUUUACACCUUGCAAAAACCUACGGGUUGGUAGUCACAUCACUGGUGGAGAUAUUUAUGGAAUUGUCAAUGAAAAUUCUCUCAUCAAACACAAAAUCAUGUUACCUCCACGAAGCAGAGGAACUGUAACUUACAUUGCUCCACCUGGAAAUUACGAUACCUCUGAUGUUGUCUUGGAGCUGGAAUUUGAAGGUGUAAAGGAUAAGUUCAGCAUGGUACAGGUAUGGCCUGUACGUCAAGUUCGGCCUGUCACUGAGAAGUUGCCUGCCAAUCAUCCUUUGUUGACUGGCCAGAGAAUCCUUGAUGCCCUUUUUCCAUGUGUGCAGGGAGGAACUACUGCAAUCCCGGGGGCUUUUGGCUGUGGAAAGACAGUGAUUUCGCAGUCUCUGUCCAAGUAUUCCAACAGUGAUGUAAUCAUCUAUGUAGGAUGUGGUGAAAGAGGAAAUGAGAUGUCUGAAGUCCUCCGCGACUUCCCAGAGCUCACAAUGGAAGUUGAUGGUAAGGUAGAGUCAAUUAUGAAGAGGACAGCUUUGGUAGCCAAUACCUCCAACAUGCCUGUGGCUGCCAGGGAAGCCUCUAUUUAUACUGGAAUUACAUUGUCAGAAUAUUUCCGUGACAUGGGCUAUAACGUCAGUAUGAUGGCUGACUCCACCUCUAGAUGGGCUGAGGCCCUUAGAGAAAUCUCUGGCCGCUUAGCUGAAAUGCCUGCAGAUAGUGGAUAUCCUGCAUAUCUUGGUGCCCGUCUGGCCUCUUUCUAUGAGCGAGCAGGCAGGGUGAAAUGUCUUGGAAAUCCUGAAAGAGAAGGGAGUGUCAGCAUUGUAGGAGCAGUUUCUCCACCUGGUGGUGAUUUUUCUGACCCAGUUACAUCUGCUACUCUUGGUAUUGUUCAGGUGUUCUGGGGCUUAGAUAAGAAACUAGCUCAACGUAAGCAUUUCCCCUCUGUCAACUGGCUAAUCAGCUACAGCAAGUAUAUGCGUGCCUUGGAUGAGUACUAUGACAAACACUUCACAGAGUUUGUUCCUCUGAGGACCAAAGCUAAGGAGAUCCUGCAGGAAGAAGAAGAUCUAGCAGAAAUUGUACAGCUUGUGGGAAAGGCUUCUCUAGCAGAAACAGAUAAAAUUACUCUGGAGGUAGCCAAACUUAUCAAAGAUGAUUUCCUACAACAAAAUGGAUAUACUCCUUAUGACAGGUUCUGCCCAUUCUACAAGACAGUUGGGAUGCUGUCCAACAUGAUCGCAUUUUAUGAUAUGGCCCGUAGAGCUGUUGAAACCACUGCCCAGAGUGACAAUAAAAUCACAUGGUCCAUUAUCCGUGAGCACAUGGGGGAGAUCCUCUAUAAACUUUCCUCCAUGAAAUUUAAGGAUCCAGUGAAAGAUGGUGAGGCAAAGAUCAAGGCCGACUAUGCACAGCUUCUUGAAGACAUGCAGAAUGCAUUUCGUAGCCUUGAAGAUUAGAACUGUGAUUUCUUCCUUCCUUUUCCUCAGCAAGCUCUCAUAUGUGUAUAUUUUCCUAAAUUUCCCAUCUCAAACCUUUUGCUGCUUUACUGUGCAGCUUUGAGACUAGUGCAGCUUUAUGCCUCUUAUCAUUUGUUUCCCUGUUUAUUUUGUAGGUCUUAUACAAAACAUUCCUUUGUUCCAGUGUUCCUUUCUCCAAAGUGGUGAAUGUAGAAAAUAUGAUAUACAAUGGCUACACUACUGUAAAUUUGUAUGUAGGCUGACGUCCCUCCUUGUCCUAGGUUUGCCCUUUCCUCAUCGCCACUAAAUUUAAACAAGACUACUGCAUGUACUGUCUUUGCAGUGAAUUGGGGAUGAAAGGUCAGUUUUCUUUACAUUGUGACAGGUACUUUGUGAAAUGAUUUGAUAUCUGUCUACAUGGCAAGUUUAUUUGCAGCUUAGCAUUUUGCUAAGUAACUGCUUUGCAAGAAAUAUUUGCUUUUUUAAUAACAUAAAUGAUUAAUGUUUCAGUUUUGCAUUGCUUCCCCAGCAUAAAUCAGGAAUAUUUAUGGGGAACUGUUAGGAACUAUGUUGUUUUUAAAACAGGCAUUUUGGGGGCUCAGCAUAAUAUAUGGAUCAGUACCCUCUAAAAAAGUGAAAAAGGAGCCAGAUGGUCAAAUUUAGAUUAACAUCGUCUUGUUAAAGCUUAUUUUGUCUCACUAGGAAAAAUUCAGUAUCAAGGACUAUUCUGCAUUAUUAGGAAAGUCUUUUUAAAAUUACAUUUAGAACAAUCACCAAGAACUUGAUCCCCAUUAUACCCUUUUUCUUUUCCUCAAACAUCUUAGAAGCCUGAGCUUCUAAGAAUCAUGUGGCAGUGUGAUGGACACUAAAAUGUCACGAAGAAGAUAUUUAGGAGUAGUUAAAGGCUGUUUGCACAUUUAAGGACCGGCUGGGCUAUCGUGAUCCUUGGGACCAGAGUGGCAUUAUGUUUUUUCAAGAUAAUAGCGUGUGUCAUAUGUUCACAUGUUUGUUCCCUUAUUGAAUUUUUGAACAACCAGUUUACUAAUUAUAGAAAAUAAUACUUUCUUUCAUGUGGGUUUUGAUUCAUUUGCUCACAAGAGUCCUCAGAAUAUCUGUAGCCAUAGCAGCAUAACAGUUUCCAUUUGGUUUAAUAGGGAUAAAAUUGAUUCUUGUAUCUGCUGAUAGCAGAAUCUGAGUCAAGUGAAAAAAGAUCAUUUCUGUCUGUCUUUUAAGUAUUUGUACAAUAAGGCUCAUCACAGAACAGCCGAGAGCAACAGUUUUCCAUUAACUCUUUCUGACCAACAGUGCUGGCACCAUUCCUUCCUCUUUCUGAGAGGAAAGGGCAUGUGAACGUGUCUAACAAUCUCAAAUACCCC